ACUGGACUAUGGCGAUUCCUGUGAUCGAUUUCUCGAAGCUCAACAGUGAGGAGAGGGCCAAGACAAUGGCUGAGAUAGCCACUGCUUGCGAGGAAUGGGGAUUCUUUCAGCUGGAGAACCAUGGGAUCUCGGAGGAGCUUAUGGAGAGGGUGAAGAAGGUGGCCGCCGAGUGCUUUAAGCUGGAGAGGGAAGAGGGAUUCAAGAACUCUGCCGCAGUGAAGAAGAUGAAUGAGUUGGCGGAGAUGAAGAGCGGUGAGAAGUUGGAGAAUUUUGAUUGGGAAGAUGUCUUCCUUCUCACUGAUGAUAAUGAAUGGCCACCAGCAACCCCUGGAUUCAAGGAAACUAUGAUGGAGUACCGAUCUGAGUUGAAGAAACUUGCCGAGAGAGUGAUGGAAGUAACGGAUGAGAACUUGGGAUUGCCAAAGGGCUACAUCAAGAGGGCAUUCAACAAUGGUGAUGGAUACAACGCCUUCUUCGGAACAAAGGUGAGCCACUACCCACCAUGCCCACAUCCUGAGCUCGUCAAUGGUCUUCGAGCUCACACCGACGCUGGAGGAGUCAUCUUACUCCUCCAAGACGACAAAGUGAGCGGCCUUCAAAUCCUCAAGGACGGCGAAUGGAUCGAUGUCCAGCCAUUAAGAAACACCAUUGUGAUCAACACAGGUGAUCAGAUCGAAGUCCUGAGCAAUGGAAAGUACAAGAGUGUUUGGCAUCGAGUCAAUGCUAAACCAGAUGGGAAUAGGAAAUCCAUUGCUUCGUUUUACAAUCCAUCACUCAAAGCCACCAUAGCUCCUGCACCAGAGCUCAUAGAAAAGGCUAACCAAGAAAUGGAACAAGUUUAUCCCAAGUUUGUGUUUGGAGACUACAUGUCGGUUUAUGCUGAACAGAAGUUCCUCCCUAAAGAACCAAGGUUCAAAGCUGUGAAAGCCAUAUAA